AUGGAAGCGCUGCCUACAGAGUGGGCCGUUCUGAUACUUAUGGUCGACGACGGCGCGUCAGUGAUUACGUCAUCAUCGGUGAAGGUUACGUACUCAUCGGAGUGGAUCGACAUAGUGCAAUCAUUUGGAUACGCGAUCUACCUCCAACGAUUCGAUCUACUGUUGACACAGUAG